GUACAACAUAGAACGAUAACAGAAACAAUCGAUAUAAUUAUGUGCUGUUAACGGUUUUGUGUGAAUAUAUGUUGGGAAUAUGGAUGCAAUGUGCGAUGCGAUGGAACAGCGAGACGCCAUAGACAAUAGUGAAGACAUCGAUUUUCUUAAAAAUGUUAUACACCAGUUGAGGCAAGAGUUGGAAGAGUCAAGGCAAGAUGUUCAGAGAGUAGAGCACGAUUUUGAAGAUUUCCAAGAAAACUCACGCCAAUUGGAGAAGGAACUGGAGACUGCACUUGACCAGUCGGAGAAAACAAACAGGGAAAGAGAAGCACUUUGUAAUAGAUGGCAAAUAGAAAAUGAAAGGCUACGUGAUCGAAUAGAUCAGUUACAGAGGCAAUGUGAUUCCAAGGAUACACAACUCUCGAAAUUGGAAGCACACAAGCAAGAGCUGAUGAAGAGGACAAGAGAACUGGAACAAAGGAAUGAUGAUCUUGAAAGAGCUUUGAGGGCAAUGAGCAUGUCAAAGGGAGAGACUGAACUCAAAUUAAAUGCCCAGAUAGAGAGAGAUGCCCUCUUGGAGUGUGAACACGAAGAACUUCUAGCAAUGGUCCAGAGGUUGAAAGAUGAAAAAAGAGAUCUGACACAUGAACUGAAAGCAAGGGAACGCAUUGGCCCUGUUUUCGACAAUGACAAGUCUGUUUUCCCGGGCUCUCCACUAGAUUCCAAUCGGUUAAAAGUGGAGAUGCAGACACAAACCACUGCAGUUCAAGGUUCCCCACUCAAAAUGGCUCAGACCGUUGGAAAUCAAACAACCGUAACACCACUCGCACCUUCCAAUAGGAUUCUUGGAAUGAACAUGGUCCAUGACCUGCUUCGCAAUAUUGGCUCUAUUGAAUCAAAAUUAACAGCUUCUCGCAAUAUUGCCAGAGACAACAUACAUCUCAGUGAUGCAACAAACCGAGAGCCUUACAGAGGGAGGCGCAUAGGACGAACUGCUACACCGGCAUCACCAAGUAUUCAUAGCUACCUGCGAGCAUGAAAUCCUAAUGCCUGCUGAGAUGUUAAAGAAGUAUCUGUGCUGCUAUGACAAAAGCUGUGUAGAUCUUUGCAGGCUGUUCUUUUGCCCGCACACAAAUUUUUGCACAUGUGUACUUUCUUCAGAAACAUUUACAAUCAUUUUGUUAAUUACAGUGUGCAAUUUUGCACUAGUCUUCUGCUCUGAAAUAGUAAUUCAGUUAUAUUCAGGGUUUUCAUCACAGAUUUCCUUUACAAGAAGUACGCAACAAGCAGCUUUAAUAUGAUCGUUUGUAAAUAUAUUCUGUGAAGCAGCAAAAAUUUUUUGUAAAAAAAAUUUAAAAAAUCACAAUAAUAAUAAUAAUAAUAUUUUAUUUGAAGGAAAGAUUUGACAGUACUGAUUGUUCUGUGCAAAAUCUUAUUGCCUUGUUUAAGAUAACUGAAUUCAAAUACAUUAUUAACUGUGGUAGUAUUGAUAUGUAAAUUUAACAAUAUUCUAUACAAGAAAAUGCUGCAAUUUAGUUAAAUUGUAUUAAAGUAUGAUGAAAUCUAGUAGUAUUUAGGACUGUAAGCAAAAAUUAAAAAAAAUAAAUAAAAACAUGAAAUAAAUAAAGUGAACAACAUUGCAGCUCUGGCAGUUGUAAUUUUGUGAUAAAUUUUGAAGAUCACAAAUAAUCUUAUGUGAUAUUUUUGAAAGGUAAGGAUUGACCCUCUCAACAAAUUAAAUCAGGAUAUAAUCAGAUAACAUGCCAUGCAAAUGGAGGGUAAUAAACCAUAUUUGGGAGGGUGGUAGGAGAGGAAAGUGUCUACAAUAGUGAAAGUACAAAUUCAGCCAAGGAAACUUAUAAUAAAUCACUGCAAACAAAUAUUUUAAAUGUACUUGUAUUGCAACUAUUGUGCUGUCUAAAAAUUAAACAUGCUUGCUUUAUCUUUUUAAAAAAAUCUCAUGAGUUUGGAUAUUAUUUUUUGUUUCUUUUCCUAUUCAGAGUGUAAUGUUUUAAUAUUUAUGUGAUUUUUGCUGUUUAUUUAGAUACAAUUACUUCUGCAUUUGCUGGAUAUGUUCCUUUUUCAACUGACGAAUUAGCUUUUUAAAUUACAGUGAUUGAUCAUCACUACAGCAAAGCAGUACGCUUACACAAGUGGCCAUUACUCCAUAUUCAUUUGUAGGCUGUACUGUUAUUCUCAUUAAAGAUGAUUGAUUUGAAGCAAA